UCCGACAUUUCUGGCAACACUUCUGUCAUUCUUCUAAGCAAACCCCAUUCACUUCUCGCCACCCUUUCCAGCCCGCUUUCCUUCUGCUUCCACUCUUGCGAGUCCAUAUGACUCACGUUUUUUUGUUGCACUUUGUUGCUACGAUGCAAAACGGGUUGGGUUCGCUGCUUUUGGUCAAUUCGUUGCUACCGCUUCAUUCAUAAAUCCGUUCUCGACCGAGUCACCGGGCCCACCGCCGUAAAACAGUGCGAACAGUAGACGAUGUGAAGCUGGCCAGAAGGUCAAAGUGUGUGGUGCAGGUGCAGUACAACAUGAGCGUCGCAAAGAGCGAAGAGAACAUCGAGCUUGCUGCUAUCGUCUGCGCUUUUAUUGCGACGGUUUGAGAAGAUGUGAAUAAGGGCAACAGUAUAAAUCGACCGGGAGGAAUACGGACGGAUUCGUGCAGUGAACGCCCAUAAAAUAUUUGCACCAAAUUUUUGUGUCCGUCUACCCUUGAUGGUGGUAGGACGAAGCUGCCAGAAGCAAGAAACGCUUUAGCUCGUGGCUCCUCGCCAGCGCAAAGGUAGAAGUGGGUGUCGUGUGUCUGGAGUUAGCGAAAAACGGAAUCGGAUCCCAUCCGGUGUAGCACAACAUCCGGCCCGGGGGUGGGGUCCGAAUGUCUCCCGGUGUCAAACGGAAGUUCGACGUACGGCUGUUUCUAUGGGGUCUGUUUCUGCUGCAAAUCUCGCUCAUCGGUCUGUUUCUGCUGUUCGGUUCGCUGCUCCUAUCGACCACCGUCGAUACGGCGGACGACGGUACCGAUGGCCGUGCCCAGACAGCUGAGCAGCAGCGGAUCGUUACAUCGUUUGCCGUCUGGUCCCCGUUCGGGGUGCGAUUCAUUUCCAACCGAACGGCGGGGCUAUUGUCGCCUACGGCAAACCCACACCGUAGUACCGGGACGAUCGCAGCAGCCAAUGGUGACGAUUCGAAUGGUGUGGAUGGAAACGAUGGUAGGCGUAGUAACAACAGUCAGCUGUUGAAAAGGAACCAACAACAACUGCUGCAGCAGCUACAGCACCCGAGACAUGCAAAGUAUCAUCCAUGGAUUCAGCGCGACGUUCCGAAGGUGGAAAGUGCUGAUAAAUAUUUUAGGACGAUUCCCUACACGGACUGGCAGGGAACCCGCAAACAACGGUUGUGCUUCAUCGAGGGUACGCAGGGAAAGGCGUUGGUGACUUCAAAGGCAGCAGCAAUCAGCAAGCCCGGCAACAAUGAGACUGAACAGAUAGAUACAGGAGUAGUGAGCAAACGAGCAACAGAGCUUAGCAAAUCCAGCCCACCGGCAACCGGUGAUGAUGACGCUGGUGUCCUGUCCGCCGUAACGGUAGGAGACGACGGUACGGGCCGUUGUCGCUGUAACCCGCAAUGGCACGGCACCGACUGCGGUCAGCCGGAGGUUAUAUGGCGUGCGUUUAUAACUUCCAAAAUUCCACCCCGUGAUCAAACGGCCACCCCGCGCCCGUUCGCCCGCAAUCUCUUCUACAUCGUCCAGAGCACGUUCGUCAGUGUGGAGAUGCUGGAGAUACAGCUGAUGGAGCUGGCCGAUCAGGUGAGCCUGUUUGUGCUGUGUGAUCGACCGGCCGGUCCACCAGGUUCCGCCUCAUACGGUGCCUCAAUCGCGCAUCACGCCGACGGAACCGACUUCUUACGCUCGAUACGGGACCGACUGCUCCUCGUGUCGGAUGCAUCGUGCAGCGGGAGAAACAUGUUCCGGAAGCUGCUCAAAUACACCACAAAGGGUGCAAUCCGUGCGGAUGACAUUGUACUGUUUAGUGGGACGGAUGAGGUGCUAAACCGGAAGGCGGUCGCGUAUCUCCGGUGGUACGACAAUUGGCCCCAACCGGUACGGUUCCGGUUGAAGCACAAUGUGUACGGCUUUUUCUGGCAACAUCCAGCGAACAGUACCGUGAUCGGUAGUGCCGCCGUGCAGGUAAGCACCCUGCGCGAGGUGUACGGUUCCGAUCCGGAACGGUUGCUAGCGAUCGAGAAGCCGGUUAUGCUGAUCGGAGAUCUGAAUCACUUUGGUGGCUGGUACUGUCGGCGCUGCUACCAACCGGGCUCGAUCGUGCAGUACUACGAGCAUCGAGCAGCGACUGGCGCCGGUACCGUUUACCUUCCCGACCCGAAGCGUACCAAGGUGCUGAACGAAGAGUACGUGCAGCAGCUGAUUGCAACCGGGAAAGAUCUGGAGGAUGGGGAACGCACGCUCGAACGGAUUAGUCGCCGCACGGACAAAUACUAUCAGCCGGAUUACGUGCGGGAAAAUAGCUGGAAGUUUGAUAAUAUCGUACUGAAUCUCUUUGCCCGCUGGGACGAUAAUCUAGCGGACGAUGAUUACUUUAGCUAGGCUUUGAAGAGAGAGCGAGGCAGGUCGUACCUGAGCGGAGGGUGAAUGUCCCCCCGGUGGGACAGCACGGUAAAGCAGCAACUCGAAUUCUUCCAUCCCACAGCAUCACCAAAACCAAAAACAAAAUCAUCUCAACGCAUAAUCAUAAUAAUGCUCCUGUACGCCCCAAAUCGGCCGAAUCGGCGGGUAGCUCACACAAUUAGUCAAAAAAGAAAAACUUUGCACCCGCUUCAAAAACAGUCAAUCUGGUCAAUAUAAAUAAUAGUGGGAAAUAUUUAAACAUAAAAUUCAAUCAAAGCCGUAUACGAGACAUGAUGCAAAUACUCCAACCGAGAGCAGGAAUAUCUUAGCCGAAUUCUGGAAGUCCUUUAAGCCAUACAUCAUCAUCUCAAAGGGGGAAGUAAGCAGGUGUAGUAAGCCAUUAUAUGGCCGGUAGAGCGAGCAAUCAUCAUCUUCGAGUGGAAGGGGCGAGGAACUCAUACUAAAUACGCCAUGAUCAUACACACACGUACCGCAUACAAAACCGCUGAUAUUAUGCAUAUUUAUAUACACUCUUAGUGCGAAAGCAAAACCAGGCCAGGAAUAAGUUACUCUAAAGUCCUCUGUGUACUUGUACCGUGAAAUGUUCGGAGUAAGCCUCCUGAGCGAACUGAGAGAGAGAGAAAGGGUGAGGGUGAGACAAGGAAGAAGCAAUCCUCCAGCGGGUUCCGCUGCUCAUCAGCGAAGGAAAGCGAACAACUCUUUAGCUAGACACCAAUUACGUAAAUAACACGUAUUUUGUAUACUCGUGACUCCCGUUGCUGGAAUCUGGAAGGUGUUUUCUUCUGGCAGCCUACUACAAGAGGAAAAGGUAACCGAAACGAACUGCAUUAUGCGCGAAUGAAGAACCGAAUGGGGGAAAAAAACGAAGGAAAACUUGUGAUCGACUGAACAGUGUAGUAGUUCUUAGAGCGAGAGAGAGAGAGAGAGGGAAUGGGUGGGUCCUGCGCGAAAGGCACAUGUA